UCACUGGGUGAUUCGCAAUCGAUGGCGACGUCAACUGUCCCUCCAGUUUCCCUUGUUGAGCUCAACAAGCCCGCAAGUACCCACGAGAAAAACGUCGAAAAAGACGAACUUGUGGACGAGGAUAACAACGAGGACAAAGCCACCAACAAACAGGAGAAAGAGCAAACCGUCAAAGAAAAAGGAGCAGAACAGAUGUCCCAUCGAGCCAACUUUGACGGUCAACAGGCGCAACAAGCGUCCUCGCCAGCUCCGCCAGCAGCAACUGCGACCCCGCCGCCUGCGCCGCCCCCGCAUCAACACUACCCGUAUCCACCAGGCCCGUAUCUAUACCCACCCUCACCCUUUGGGCCGCCUUAUGGCCACCCGCACCCUCAUGACGACAGAAACCCGCCCCCUCCUCCUGGCCAUUACGACCCGGCUCAUGGCUACGCGCCAAUGCCCUACCCUCUGCCUGGUGGCGUACAGUCGUACAUGCCCUAUCCGAUACAAUUAAUGGGCCAUCAACCUCAUGCCCAACCACCCCCGGCCCCCGUCCUUGAUCCAGCGAACUAUUCGUACACAGACGAUGCAGGGACAAAGCUAUCCGACAAAAUCAGACGCAAAUGUUUCAAUUGCUGUACAACUGAGACGAGCACCUGGAGACGAAGCAAUCUGAAUGCUGGAAAAGUGCUCUGCAACAAAUGUGGCUUGUUUGAGCGAACCCAUAACCGUUCGCGACCCGAAGCGUUCCCCCACAAGAGAGCUCCCAUUACUGGAGCCACGUCGAGGCUUCAGCCAUACCCUCCAUCCAACCCUCGUCCCGCUGCAUCCGCUUCCGAGUCGGCUCCCUUAUCCACUCCUGCCCACCCAAAUUCCUCUACGCCAGCUGCAGAACAGCCUGUUCCUGUUACAACUCAAUCCUACCAACCCCCGGUAGUACCAACUGCACCACCAAUUUACCAAGUCCCGCCACCAUUGCCAGGUCCUCAUUCAGCAGCCGCUGAGCAGGGACAACAGGCUGAAGUAGGUGGCCCAGUCUACCUUCCAUCGAUCACCGCCCUCGUUUCGCAACAUUCCACUCCGAACGGACAAGCCAAGACGGGAGAAGACACUCCUAAGAAGGCGCGUGGUCGACCCAAAGGGUCUCCGAACAAAGACAAGAAAGCAACCCCUCCAAAGGUCGUUUACAGAGAAGACCCCGUGGAUUCCCCCGAAGAGAGGGUUGAUGGUGACGAUGGUGAAUGGAAUGGGCGAGAUUAA